AGAUUACUACUAUAAACAAUACUCAAAAAUGGCAUCUUUCGUUAGAUAGAUUUGGUAGAUGGAUGUUCCAUCCAUGAGCCAGCUGGUAAGCUGGCGGCGGCGCCAUUGUUUCCAGCUAUCUUAUAUAUCGUCGUCUGUCUAACCUUCCCUAUCGAUCAUUUGCCUCCUUCCCAUUCCCAUCCAGCUACAAACACCAGCCACUUCUUCCUAGCUUGGCCCGUCAUUGUUGUAGCUUAGCUCGCUAAACUAGCAACUCGCUCCGGCCUCCGGCGUUCCAGCAUGGCGGCGUCGGUGACGACGACGUUGCUGCUCUUAGCAGCGACCAUGAGCGCGGCCGUGAGCUGCGUCGCGGCGGCAUUCGUCGACGCCGGCGUCCCGGCCGUGUCCUUCUCCUCCGGCUUCACCAUGCUAUUCGGCGAGGCCAACAUGGCCCGCUCCUUCUCCUCCGGCUCCGGCGCCGACGACGAACUCAUCAGCAUCACGCUCGACCGCCGCUCCGGCUCGGGCUUCAUCUCGAAACACUACUACCACCACGGCCACUUCAGCGCCGACAUCAAGCUCCCCUCCGGCCACACCGCCGGCGUGGUGGUCGCCUUCUACCUCUCCAACGCCGACGCGUUCCCGGACACCCACGACGAGCUCGACUUCGAGUUCCUCGGCGACCGCGCCGGCCGGCCAUGGCGGCUCCAAACCAACGUCUACGGCAACGGCAGCACGUCCCGCGGCCGCGAGGAGCGCUACCUCCUGCCAUUCGACCCCGCCGCCGCCGCUCACAAUUUCGCCGUCUCAUGGUCCCCACGCGCCGUCGUCUUCUCCGUCGACGGCGUCCCCAUCCGCGAGGUCCUCCGCCAUGGAAGCAAUGGCAAUGGCGACAUGGGCGGGGAUUAUCCAUCGAAGCCCAUGGCGGUGUAUGCGACGAUCUGGGACGGGUCGACAUGGGCCACGGAGAACGGGAAGUACAAGGUGGGCUACGAGCACGGGCCGUUCACGGCCCAGUUCUCGCGGCUCGUGCUCCAUGGCUGCGCCGCCGACGGCGGCGGGUGCGCGGCGAUGGCGGGGCCGGAGACGGAGACGAUGACGGUGGCGCCGUGGGAGCGGGCGGCGAUGCGGCGGUGGAGGCGGCGGCAGACGCUGUACACGGUGUGCUACGACGAGGACCGGUACCCGGCGGCGGCGGGGAAGGCGCUGCCGGAGUGCGAGACGAACGCGGCGGAGCGGAGGAUGUUCGAGCGGUGGGGCGAGUCCAAGCGGCUCCGCCAGCUCCAGCUCCAGGGUCAGGGCCAGGCGCCGCCGUUGUUGGUCUCCUUGCAGCAGGCCGACUGAUCAUCGGGCCCGUUUGAUCUUUUGAUCCACGGCCCACAGGCAGACUCCUGUUAGUACUACUGCUACUGCUGUGCAAGAUGACUUUGAGGUGACUAACAUAUGUCAGUGGCACAAAGUCUGAAAACUUAACUUAGAGGAUUUGUUCUGCUGUAAAAAUGGUACUCCUGUUAUUUAGAAUGUACAAACCAAAAGAGAUGAAGCAUUUCACUGAUCUCUGGAAAAUGCAAUUAUAGACUCAGCUUGUACUA